CGCUGACGUUAGUUACGCCGAAUCAAUAGUAAAUGUCUUCGCUUUUAACUUACUUAAAAUAAAAUGCUGUAAAAAAAAUUGGAUUUAGUCACCCAGUGCUUUGUUACAUAUGGCGGCGAUAGCCGUUAAAGAAAUGAGCACAUUAAACCAGUUGCCGCUAAUAAGUAACGGUAGACUUUUAGCCUGUAGAGAGCCACUCCCCUAUACCACAAUAAAUGACCUAUGUACCAGUUUACCUCCACUUCCGGGCUACACUAUCCGAUGGCACGGAAUUGCCCGUUCACGAUGGGGUGAGGAUGAGGACAUUGAGAGAUUGGAGUAUGGUGCUGCCAACGGCGGAUAUCGUAGAUAUAGCACUAACAUCGCUUCUUGCCAUCCAGUAGCAGAAGAUCCCGACCAUUUAAAGUAUGAAGGAUAUAUGUUCCCAAAACCAAUGCAUCACGAUCUAACCGUUCUACGCAAUUCAGUAUCAAAUACAAGCCGUCGGGUACCUAGGGACUACAAGUGUGAAAUGUUUCCAAGGCAUGAUGCUUCUAGACUUUACGACGGAGACCAUGUUCUUGGUGAGGCUACAAGAAGAGCUAUUGAAGAGAACAAUACACGUUUGUAUUGUACAACGCGUUACAACACCAUCUUUAAAGGUGAGGAGAAAACUGAUUUCAGUGAGACAUGUGAAAGCUAUAUUUCUGCCGCGGACAUAACAUCUUUCAUGGUAGCUAAAGCUCAACGAGAUGCCCAGUAUCUUCAGGACAAUGGUCCUGACUAUAUCGAGACUCCGACAUGUAACCACAUUCACAAUCACCCUGACCCAUGCCACUACUGUUGGUCCGGAGGAUGCAAUACGGGCUUCGAGGCUAAAGUUGCUGAGUUCCAAUCUAGACAAUAUAGUUCAACCAAAUCAACCCAUACUGGAUACAGUGGCGGGAAAACAGAAAAGUCGUCUGCUCAACAUAGCAUUCUCGAUCCUAAAGACAAACAUGAUUGCAGUCUGAUAUCAGAUUUGAAAGUCUCGGGCGGACAAACAGAGAUUUGUAAUUGUUUAAACGAUACAUGUGUAUGCCAUCAGAACAAUGCUGACUUAGAGACAGAACAUAAACAGGGUCAAAUACAAACUGAAAAGGAGCAAAAUGAAAAGAGUAACCCUUCAAACCAAAGAGAAGGUUACAGCACGUUUAAGGACACUUUUGGACCCAGGCAAGAUAACAGUAAAAAUAGAGGUUAUGGGGAUGAACAAAUUAUCUUCACCAACGUGUAUCAGUCCAAACUUCCAUCAUCUAUCCACUUGCAGUCUACACAAAACGAAUACGCCUCAGACUUGGAGAAUCGACACUUUUAUUUAACUCCUAAUCGAAUGUUCAACGAUCAGUUGAAGUCACUUUACCGAGUAAAUGCUGCCACGGAGUUACACACUCCCACGCAACCUUGGGUACCACAGAAACAUAAAGAGGAGGCAUUAAAAAAGGGGCUUCCGCCAAACAUGAAGCAGACGAGACGCAAUAGUUGGAUGUAUAGAGAUGAAAACAACCUGAGGAUACCAUGCAUUGCAGACGUCAUAGGAAGUUCUAACAAGAGCGAUGCUCAUAAAAAGUAUCAUUUAGAACACCCAGAACCUAUUCCAGAUCUGCGAGAUAAUAAGAAGUAUUCAAGACGUGUCAAAUUUAAUGGUUUCAGCUCAUCUGUCUUUCGCUGAUAUCAUCUAUUGUUAGACCUGAAUAUACGUGUAUAUAUAUAUUAAAGAAACGCAUGGUCUUCCUUUU